GCUGGCACCGCGCCCGGCGGGAGGGGGGGCGCCCAUCUCCCCUCCCCCCCGCGCCGGGCAUGCGGGGCCCGCUGGGCACCGAGGAGGAGCUGCCGCGGCUGUUCGCCGAGGAGAUGGAGAACGAGGACGAGAUGUCAGAAGAAGAGGAUGGUGGUCUUGAAGCCUUUGAUGACUUUUUCCCUGUGGAGCCUGUGAGCCUUCCCAAGAAGAAGAAGCCCAAGAAGCUAAAGGAGAGCAAAUCCAAAGGGAAGCGGAAGAAGAAAGAGGGGAGCAAUGAUGAGCUGUCAGAAAAUGAAGAUGAUCUGGAAGAAAAGUCAGAGAGUGAAGGUAGUGACUACUCCCCUAACAAGAAGAAGAAGAAGAAGCUCAAGGACAAGAAGGAGAAAAAAGCCAAGCGGAAAAAAAAGGAUGAGGAUGAGGAUGAUAAUGAUGACGGAUGCUUAAAGGAGCCCAAGUCCUCGGGGCAGCUCAUGGCUGAGUGGGGCCUGGACGAUGUGGACUACCUUUUCUCAGAGGAGGACUACCACACUCUGACCAACUAUAAGGCCUUCAGCCAGUUUCUCCGGCCACUCAUUGCCAAGAAGAACCCAAAGAUUCCCAUGUCUAAAAUGAUGACUGUCCUGGGUGCCAAAUGGCGAGAAUUCAGUGCCAACAACCCCUUUAAGGGUAGCUCAGCAGCGGCGGCAGCAGCAGCAGUGGCUGCAGCUGUAGAGACGGUCACUAUCGCUCCUCCACUGGCCAUCAGCCCUCAGCAGGUGCCCCAGCCUAUGCCUAUCCGGAAGGCCAAGACCAAAGAGGGCAAGGGACCUGGAGUGAGAAAGAAGAUCAAAAGCUCCAAGGAUGGGAAGAAGAAGGGCAAGGGGAAAAAAAUGGCCGGGCUCAAGUUCCGCUUUGGAGGGAUCACCAACAAGAGGAAGAAAGGCUCCUCGAGUGAGGAGGACGAGCGGGAGGAGUCAGACUUGGACAGUGCCAGCAUCCACAGCUCAUCCAUGCGCUCCGAGUGCUCUGCAGCUCUGGGCAAGAAGAGCAAGAGGAGGCGCAAGAAGAAGAGGAUUGACGAUGGUGAUGGCUACGAGACAGACCACCAGGAUUACUGCGAGGUGUGCCAGCAGGGAGGGGAAAUUAUCCUGUGUGACACCUGUCCACGGGCUUACCACCUGGUCUGCCUGGACCCAGAGCUGGAGAAGGCUCCCGAGGGCAAGUGGAGCUGCCCCCACUGUGAGAAAGAGGGGAUCCAGUGGGAGCCAAAGGACGACGAUGAUGAAGAGGAGGAGGGCGGCUGUGAGGAGGAGGAUGACCACAUGGAGUUCUGCCGCGUGUGCAAGGACGGCGGCGAGCUGCUCUGCUGCGACGCCUGCCCCUCCUCCUACCACCUGCAUUGCCUCAACCCGCCGCUGCCCGAGAUCCCAAACGGUGAAUGGCUCUGCCCGCGCUGUACUUGUCCCCCACUGAAGGGCAAAGUCCAGCGGAUCCUACAUUGGAGGUGGACAGAGCCCCCAGCCCCCUUCAUGGUGGGGCUUCCGGGAUCAGAUGUGGAGCCAGGCAUGCCCCCGCCCAAACCCCUGGAAGGUAUUCCAGAGAGAGAAUUCUUUGUCAAGUGGGCUGGGCUCUCCUACUGGCACUGCUCCUGGGUGAAGGAGUUACAGCUGGAGCUCUACCACACUGUGAUGUAUCGCAACUACCAAAGAAAGAAUGACAUGGACGAGCCACCGCCCUUUGACUAUGGCUCUGGCGAUGAGGACAGCAAGAGUGAGAAGAGGAAGAGCAAGGAUCCCCUGUACGCCAAGAUGGAGGAGCGCUUUUACCGCUACGGCAUCAAGCCAGAGUGGAUGAUGACACACCGUAUCUUGAACCACAGCUUUGACAAGAAGGGCGAGGUGCACUAUCUGAUCAAGUGGAAGGACCUGCCCUACGACCAGUGCACCUGGGAGGUGGACGACAUCGACAUCCCCUACUAUGACAACCUGAAGCAAGCCUACUGGGGCCACAGGGAGCUAAUGCUGGGUGAGGACGCCAGGUUGCCCAAGCGGCUGAUCAAGAAAGGCAAGAAGCUGAAAGACGAUAAGCAGGAGAGGCCACCUGACACGCCCAUUGUGGACCCCACGGUCAAGUUUGACAAGCAGCCCUGGUACAUCGACUCCACCGGUGGCACGCUGCACCCGUACCAGCUGGAAGGCCUCAACUGGCUGCGCUUCUCCUGGGCCCAGGGCACUGACACCAUCCUGGCCGAUGAGAUGGGCCUGGGCAAGACUGUGCAGACCAUCGUGUUCCUCUACUCACUAUACAAGGAGGGCCACUCCAAAGGGCCCUACCUGGUCAGCGCACCCCUGUCCACCAUCAUCAACUGGGAACGUGAGUUUGAGAUGUGGGCGCCUGACUUCUAUGUGGUCACUUACACGGGGGAUAAGGAGAGCCGCUCUGUGAUCCGUGAGAAUGAGUUUUCCUUUGAGGACAAUGCCAUUCGGAGUGGGAAGAAGGUGUUUCGUAUGAAGAAAGAAGUACAGAUCAAAUUCCAUGUCCUGCUCACCUCCUAUGAGCUCAUCACCAUCGACCAGGCCAUCCUGGGCUCCAUCGAGUGGGCUUGCCUCGUGGUGGACGAGGCCCACCGGCUCAAGAACAACCAGUCCAAGUUCUUUAGGGUCUUGAACAGCUACAAGAUUGAUUACAAGCUGCUGCUCACGGGGACCCCGCUUCAGAACAACCUGGAGGAACUCUUCCAUCUCCUCAACUUCUUGACUCCAGAGAGAUUCAACAACCUGGAGGGCUUCCUGGAGGAGUUUGCUGACAUCUCCAAGGAAGACCAGAUAAAGAAGCUGCAUGACCUGCUGGGGCCGCACAUGCUCAGACGGCUCAAGGCCGACGUGUUUAAGAAUAUGCCAGCCAAGACGGAGCUGAUCGUCCGAGUGGAGCUGAGCCAAAUGCAGAAGAAGUACUACAAGUUCAUCCUCACGCGAAACUUUGAGGCCCUGAACUCCAAGGGUGGCGGGAACCAGGUGUCACUGCUCAAUAUCAUGAUGGACCUGAAGAAGUGCUGCAACCACCCCUACCUCUUCCCCGUGGCUGCCGUGGAGGCCCCCGUCUUGCCCAAUGGCUCCUAUGAUGGCAGCUCCCUGGUCAAGUCUUCAGGGAAGCUCAUGCUUCUGCAGAAGAUGCUCAAGAAGCUGCGUGACGAGGGACACCGUGUGCUGAUCUUCUCCCAGAUGACCAAAAUGCUGGACCUCCUGGAGGACUUCCUGGAGUAUGAGGGCUACAAGUACGAACGUAUUGACGGCGGUAUCACAGGGGGCUUGCGGCAAGAGGCCAUCGACAGGUUCAACGCCCCUGGGGCCCAGCAGUUCUGCUUCCUGCUCUCCACCCGUGCGGGCGGCCUGGGUAUCAACCUGGCUACGGCAGACACAGUCAUCAUCUAUGACUCUGACUGGAACCCGCACAAUGACAUCCAGGCCUUCAGCCGCGCCCACCGCAUCGGCCAGAACAAGAAGGUGAUGAUUUACCGCUUUGUCACGCGGGCCUCCGUGGAGGAGCGGAUCACGCAGGUGGCCAAGCGUAAGAUGAUGCUCACCCACCUGGUGGUGCGGCCCGGCCUGGGCUCCAAGUCGGGCUCCAUGACCAAGCAGGAGCUGGACGACAUCCUGAAGUUCGGCACAGAGGAGCUCUUCAAGGACGACGUGGAGGGCAUGAUGUCCCAGGGCCAGAGACCUGUCACUCCCAUCCCUGACGUGCAGUCCUCUAAGGGGGGAGCCCUGGCUGCCAGUGUGAAGAAAAAGCAUGGUAGUACCCCACCAGGUGACAACAAGGAUGUGGAGGACAGUAGUGUGAUCCACUAUGAUGACGCGGCCAUUUCCAAGCUGCUGGAUCGCAACCAGGAUGCCACCGAUGACGCCGAGCUGCAGAACAUGAACGAGUACCUGAGCUCCUUCAAGGUGGCACAGUACAUGGUGCGCGAGGAGGACGGCGUGGAGGAGGUAGAGCGGGAGGUGAUCAAGCAGGAGGAGAACGUGGACCCGGAUUACUGGGAGAAGCUGCUGCGCCAUCACUACGAGCAGCAGCAAGAGGAUCUGGCGCGCAACCUGGGCAAGGGCAAGCGCAUCCGAAAGCAGGUCAACUACAACGACGCCUCCCAGGAGGACCAGGAGUGGCAAGAUGAGCUCUCAGAUAACCAGUCGGAAUAUUCCAUCGGCUCUGAGGAUGAGGAUGAGGACUUUGAAGAGAGGCCAGAAGGGCAGAGUGGACGGCGACAAUCCAGGAGGCAGCUGAAGAGUGACAGGGACAAGCCCCUCCCACCUCUUCUGGCUCGAGUUGGUGGCAACAUUGAGGUGCUGGGCUUCAAUGCCCGACAACGGAAGGCUUUUCUGAAUGCCAUCAUGCGUUGGGGGAUGCCCCCCCAGGAUGCCUUCAACUCCCACUGGCUGGUGCGGGACCUCCGUGGGAAGAGUGAGAAGGAGUUUAGAGCCUAUGUGUCCCUCUUCAUGCGGCACCUGUGUGAGCCGGGGGCCGACGGUGCAGAGACCUUUGCGGAUGGCGUGCCUCGGGAAGGCCUCUCCAGGCAGCAUGUGCUCACACGCAUCGGGGUCAUGUCACUGGUUAGGAAGAAGGUUCAGGAGUUUGAGCACGUCAACGGGAAGUACAGCACCCCAGACCUGGUCCCCGAGGGACCCGAAGGCAAGAAACCAGGCGAGAUCAUCUCCUCAGACCCCAACACGCCAGUGCCCGCCAGUCCUGCCCACCUCCUGCCAGCCCCGCUGGGCCUGCCAGACAAAAUGGAAACCCAGCUGGGCUACAUGGAUGAGAAGGAGCCAGGGGUGCAGAAACCAAAGAAGUCCCUGGAAAUCCAGGCCCUGCCAACUGCCCUGGAUAGAGUGGAGGGUGAGGACAAGCACGAGUGCUCAGACAGCAAGGACAGAGCCCGAGAGGAACAGUCAGAGGAGACAGAGAUGGCCCAGAUGUCUCCAGAGCAGCUGCUGAAAGAGGAUGUGCUCCCCGAGAAGGAGAAAGCCCUGGACAAGCUGGAGCUAAGCCUGAGUCACAGCAGAGGGGAUGGCAGCGAUUUCAGGGCAGAUGACCCCAAGGCUGAGGAGAAGGAACCCACUGAAGCACAGCAAAAUGGUGACAGAGAAGAGGAUGAGGAGGGGAAGAAGGAGGACAAGAAUGGGAAGUUCAAAUUCAUGUUCAACAUUGCAGAUGGAGGCUUCACAGAAUUGCACACUCUGUGGCAGAAUGAGGAACGGGCUGCUGUGUCCUCAGGAAAAAUCUAUGACAUUUGGCACCGGCGACACGACUACUGGUUGCUGGCAGGCAUCGUGACGCAUGGCUAUGCACGCUGGCAGGACAUCCAGAACGACCCGAGGUACAUGAUCCUCAAUGAGCCCUUUAAGUCUGAAAUCCACAAGGGCAACUACCUGGAGAUGAAGAACAAGUUUCUGGCCCGCAGAUUCAAGCUGCUGGAGCAGGCACUGGUCAUUGAGGAGCAGCUCCGGAGGGCUGCAUACCUCAACAUGACCCAGGACCCCAACCACCCGGCCAUGGCCCUCAACGCCCGUCUGGCUGAGGUGGAGUGCCUUGCCGAGAGCCACCAGCACCUGUCCAAGGAGUCCCUCGCUGGGAACAAGCCUGCCAAUGCUGUCCUGCACAAGGUCUUGAACCAGCUGGAGGAGUUGCUGAGCGACAUGAAAGCCGAUGUGACACGCCUGCCCUCCAUGCUGUCGCGCAUCCCCCCGGUGGCCGCCCGCCUGCAGAUGUCGGAGCGCAGCAUCCUCAGUCGUCUGACGAACCGUGCCGGUGACCCUACCAUCCAGCAGGGCGCUUUUGGCUCUUCCCAGAUGUACAACAGCAGUUUUGGACCCAAUUUCCGGGGUCCUGGACCGGGAGGAAUUGUCAACUACAACCAGAUGCCCCUGGGGCCCUAUGUGACCGAUAUCUAGUCGUCCUGGAGACUUCCCCCUGUUGCAGUGCUCAUUUCCAGCUGAGCCAUGCUUGCAGGGCCACCUGCCCAACCCCCACAAGAGAGAGAAGCUACUGCCUUUUUCGGAGCCAGUGCCACCUUGGGACAAAAAGGGAAACUGAGUAAUACCAUCACAUGGAAGGUGAGAGCCCAGAAGUGCCACCUCAUAGUUCAAGUGUUCUUCCACACAGUGUCACACCCACAGCCACGCCGGAUGGCCUCUUCAUCACCUUUUCCAGAACAACUUACUUCUUAGAAGAGAUUUCAUUUAUCUGUACAUCUUUUGCACUUUCCCAUUGAAGACUCGAAUGAGUUUAUCUUGAUAAAAGUUGGAUGACGUAUGG